GAACCUCUGCUUGGAUGAGAUCAAUGUCCUUCAUAAAGCACCGUAUGAACAUCCAAAAGACUUGAAGCUCAGUGAUGGUCGACUGCGUGUAGGAUACGUGAGUUCUGACUUUGGGAAUCAUCCUACUUCUCAUCUUAUGCAGUCUAUUCCAGGCAUGCACAAUCCUGAUAAAUUUGAGGUAUUCUGUUAUGCCCUGAGCCCAGAUGAUGGCACAAACUUCCGAGCGAAGGUGAUGGCAGAAGCCCAUCAUUUCAUUGAUCUUUCUCAGAUUCCAUGCAAUGGGAAAGCAGCUGAUCGCAUCCAUCAAGAUGGUAUACACAUCCUUGUAAAUAUGAAUGGUUAUACCAGGGGUGCUCGAAAUGAACUCUUUGCUCUCAGGCCAGCUCCUAUUCAGGCAAUGUGGCUGGGCUACCCUGGGACCAGUGGCAUGCUUUUCAUGGAUUAUAUCAUCACUGAUCAGGAAACUUCACCUGCUGAAGUUGCUGAGCAGUGUUCUGAGAAACUGGCUUAUAUGCCCCAUACUUUCUUUAUUGGUGAUCAUGCUAAUAUGUUCCCUCACCUGAAGAAGAAAGCAGUCAUCGAUUUUAAGUCCAAUGGGCACAUUUAUGACAAUCAGAUUGUGCUGAAUGGCAUCGACCUCAAAGCAUUUCUUGAUAGUCUCCCAGAUGUGCAAAUUGUCAAGAUGAAAUGUCCUGAUGGAGGAGACAACGCAGACAGCAGUAAUACAGCUCUUAAUAUGCCUGUCAUUCCUAUGAAUACUAUUGCAGAGGCAGUUAUUGAAAUGAUUAACAGAGGACAAAUUCAGAUAACAAUUAAUGGAUUCAGUCUUAGCAAUGGACUGGCAACUACCCAGAUCAGCAUUAAGGCUGCCACUGGAGAGGAGGUUCCCUGUACCAUUAUUGUAACCACACGUCCUCAGUACGGGUUACCGGAAGAUGCCAUUGUGUACUGUAACUUCAAUCAGUUAUAUAAAAUUGACCCAUCUACUUUGCAGAUGUGGGCAAAUAUUCUGAAGCGUGUUCCCAAUAGUGUACUGUGGCUGUUGCGUUUUCCAGCAGUAGGAGAACCUAAUAUUCAACAGUACGCACAAAAUAUGGGCCUUCCCCAGAACCGUAUCAUUUUUUCACCUGUUGCUCCUAAAGGGGAACAUGUUCGGAGAGGCCAGCUGGCUGAUGUCUGCUUGGACACUCCACUCUGUAAUGGACACACCACAGGGAUGGAUGUCCUUUGGUCAGGGACACCCAUGGUGACUAUGCCAGGAGAGACUCUUGCUUCCCGAGUUGCAGCUUCCCAGCUCACUUGUUUAGGCUGUCUUGAGCUUAUUGCUAAAAAUAGACAAGAAUAUGAAGACAUAGCUGUGAAACUGGGAACUGAUCUAGAAUACCUGAAGAAAAUUCGUGGCAAAGUCUGGAAGCAGAGAACAUCUAGCCCUCUGUUCAACACCAAACAAUACACAAUAGACCUAGAGCGGCUCUAUCUACAGAUGUGGGAGCAUUAUGCAGCUGGCAACAAACCUGAUCACAUGAUUAAGCCCGUUGAAGUCACUGAGUCGGCCUAAAUAAUGACUGUGUGCACAGGAGAAUUACCCCUGUACCUGAGCCUCAACCUUCUGGGGGAAAGGGAACUACUUUUUCCCUAUCUGUACAAUACCAUGCUGCAGAUGGGUGACAGACAAUGAUAAGAAAUAGCACAGCCAGACUUGCUUCCUGCAUGAUCAUGAUAGGGAGAGACACAAGAGAUGGGAAACUGCUGUUCCACAAGGAGUCUCCAUAGAAUUUUGCAGCAGCCAGGUGUCUGGAAGGUCUGGAAGCUUAUUCGUUCCCACGAUGGUCCUGUUGCAGGUCUGUAUAUCCGUGCUCAUUCUAACUUGCCUGGUCCAUUGACUAAACUUAAUGCGACUGCAGAUGUUUUAACUCGAUCUAAACGUGAUCUUUAUCCUGUACAUUUUCCUCCCAAGAAUAGAGUUGAAGUUACUCCUCCUCCUCAAUCUCUUUUCCCUAAAGCAGGACAUGUCCCAAUUUACCGUACUCCUCCUUUCCGUUUGUCAUGCUGUCAAGAAUGGCUAAUGUACUGCAUUCAUUAUCUUCAUACUGUUGAUACUCAUGGUCCAUGUCCUGGACACCCUCAUAUUAUGGUAAGUUAUGAUCAAACUGCUUCACAAGCAGCACAGCAAUUGCACGCUUUACACCAUCAGUCGGUGGCUACAUUACACACACAAUUUUCCCUUACUCGUGAAGCCGCCCGACAAAUUGUUAAGCAAUGCCCACAAUGCUUACCUCACCUUCCUGUUCCACAUUAUGUUGUUAAUCCUCGUGGAUUAUUACCUAGACAUUUAUGGCAAAUAGAUGUUACUCAUAUCCUGUCUUUUGGGAAAUUACAGUUUGUUCAUGUCACUAUCGAUACUUAUUCUGGUUUCCUCUGUGCUACAGCACAGACCAGAGAAGCUACUAAACAUGUUAUCACUCAUUUAUUACACUGUUUUGCUUUCAUGAACCUUCCCAAAAUUAUUAAAACAGAUAAUGGGCCCGCUUACUCUAGUGCUGCUUUUGCAACAUUUUGUAAUUCAUUACAAAUUACCCAUAUUACUGGCAUUCCAUAUAACCCUCAAGGACAAGGUAUUAUAGAACGUGCAAAUAGAUCUUUAAAGCUAACUAUUGAAAAAAUAAAAAGGGGGGAAUUGUAUAGAACAACACCACAUAACCUUAUAAAUCAUGUUCUGUUUAUUUUAAAUUUUCUCACUGUUGACAAAUUUGGCUGCUCUGCAGGGGAAAGGUUGGUGGCUGAGCCAAGAUUGGCCUCUCAAUCUCCGGAGAUCCUCUGGAAAGAUCCGUUAACCAGCACUUGGCGUGGUCCUGAUCCUGUGUUGAUUUGGGGACGUGGUCACGUGUGUAUCUUUCCCAGAUCCUCGCCUGGACCUCGUUGGCUUCCUGAGCGCUUAGUCAAGCAAAUAGACGGCUCACCACAGCUCACAACUAGUUCAGAAGAUGAAGAAGCUCUGCAUCUCUCCCGAAAAUUUGACAGUGUUGAUUCAGAAAGAGAAGAAGAAGAGGAGACCACUUGCCAGGACGACUCAAAGGAGUGAUGUUCCAACUUGGGGACAAAUUAAACAAUUAGUUUCACGAGCUCAAGAGUUAGUGAAACAACAGAAUAAUCCUGUUACACCUGUAACUUUAUUUUUGGCUAUGUUGGCAACCAUUUCAUGUGUUCCCUCUGUUAAUGCAGCAACUUACUGGGCCUAUGUACCUGAUCCUCCACCAUUACAACCCAUAUCUUGGUCUGAAGCAGAGUUUCCUGUAUUUUACAAUGAUAACUGUUUAUGGGCCUCUUAUUGGGAAUAUAAAACAAAACAAUAUGUCUGUAAAUUAUACUAACUGGUUUAGUACCCACCCUGUCUGUCUUAGCCCAUUGAAUCUGGAAACUGGAUGUGUAAAGGCUAUUAGUUAUGAGCAUACAGAUGUUUAUGAGGGAACGGAUCAAUCAAUUAGUUUGUCAGGCUCUCCAGGCAUCCUUCGUUUUACAGGAACCAACAUUACUCUUAUAUGCCCGGCUACCAGCCGACGAGAGGAUCUUAAGGAUACCAUCAUUUGGUAUAAAAUGGGCAACCUAUUAAUAUUAGAGGUCAAAUCUCAUACGCCUCAUCACUUAGGGAUUCCACUAUUACUAUAGCCAAGGUUAUAGGUGAAGAUUCAGGAAAUUAUUUCUGUAUGAAGCGUUUACUUGGAGGACAAGGGAUACUUAUAGCUGGACAUAAGGUUACUAUUCUUAACAGAAAAUCAAAAAAUCAAUUUCCUCCUUUUAUGACCGUUAACUUUCCUGGAUCCACUUUUGAACGUUGCAAUGCAUCUUGGAAUAAUAACCAAAUAUGGUGUACUAUAGAUUAUACCAAGGGGUCAAUUCUUAUCUCUUCUAUUCUCAUCAUA